CUCGCUCGCCGCGCGCCCAGUAGCGAUCGCGGUGACAGCGCUUACUCAUCUCUUGCGCAAAUCUUGUAGUGUUUUUUUUUAUUGUUGACACAAAUAUGGAGGCGCCGAAUUAUCAUUUGGGUCACAUGUUGAUGGAGGGAUUGAAGAGGAAGCCAGAUUUUUUGUAUCAGAUAGACGCAGGCACAGGGGAGCAGAUGACAAACGCUGAAGCAUUAUCAAAAUCGGUGCAGCUGGCAAGAUGCCUAAGGAACUGCAACAUAAGGCCUGGGGACGUGCUGGCCUUGAGUGGAACCAACCACAUACUCCUCAACAUACCUUUCAAUGCAGCUCUGUUCAACGGGUACCCAAUAUCAGCGAUUGAUCCACAAUUUAAAUACGAUGAAAUAAAAAGUUUACUAAAGAUCACACAACCGAAAAUUGUGUUCUGUAUGCCUGAGGCGUAUAAGGACUAUUCGAAGGCGGUUCAGGCGCUGGACCUCAACACGCGAAUAGUGACAUAUUAUGGCAAAGGUGACACCACACUGUCCAGCUUCAUAAAGGAAUUCGACGACAAUCAACCGGAUAGUGAAUUUAAAAUAGCUGAAUUCGACUUGGACAAAGUGUACGCAUAUUUGACAUGCACAAGCGGCACCACGGGACGACUAAAAGUCGCCGCCAUCAAACACAAAGAAAUGUUGUCCAAAAUUAUGGCGUAUAUAAAACACUCUCUACACAAUUUGGACGUCAACGACGUGUACCUAAACCUGUCACCCGUCAGCUGGACGUCGGCGUACUACUGCGCGGUGUCCAUACCCUACGCCAACGACUGUCAGGUGAUGACGUCGAGGCCGGCCGACGUGGACCACGUCAUUGAGAUGAUCAAUAAGUAUCGGCCAAAAACGACGACACUGGGUCCAGCGAUGGUGGUGGAUCUGUUGAGCCGGGCGGAGGAGGUGGACCUCACAUGCUUCACCUUCAUCUGUAUAGCCGGCUCGCGGUGUAACCCCGACCUUAUUCCUAAAUUAAAGAGUCACAUGAAGCCAGAAUCCCUGGUGUACAACAUGUACGGGCAGACGGAGACGCUGGGCAUCAUCAUGACGCCAGUACUCGACCCUCCAGACAGCUGCGGGAAGCAGGGACCCUUCUAUGAAUUGAAGUUAGUGGAUCCGGAUACAGAAGUGGAAAUUAAGGAACCCAAUGUACCCGGGGAACUGUGGUGUAAAGGAAUAUGUUUUAGCGAAUAUUACAACGACCCAGAGGAGACGGCGAAAUGCAAGACCAGCGACGGCUGGGUGAAGACUGGGGACCUGCUGUACCGGGACGAGCGCGGCUGCUACUUCUACGUCGACAGGAUGAAACAUCUCAUCAAGUACCGCAAUUACCAGGUCCAUCCAUCCGAGAUCGAGGACGUGAUCCGCGAGCUGCCGGCGGUACACGACGUGUGUGUGGUCGGCGUCGACAGCGCCGCGGACGGCCAGCUGCCAACCGCCUGUGUGGUGGUGGAGGACGGCGCGAGAGUCACGGCGCAGGAGAUAAAGGAGCUUGUUGCUAGCAAGCUCUCCAAUGCGAAGCAUCUGCGCGGAGGAGUACUGUUCCUGGCCGAGUUCCCACUCACCUCCAGUGGCAAAAUCAGGAAGAAUCUACUCACCAAAAUUGCCAUGGAGUCCAAAAGGGAGUGAUCGACCCAAAUUUGACCAGUGCUAUUUUAAUUUUUUUAUUUGAAAUAAUAUUAGGUAAGUAAUGUUAUUAUUAUAAUAAUAAUAGGACAUGGAUACCAACCAUUGUGUUGAGUGUAAUUAAUUUUAUUUAAUGACUAUCCUUAAUAAUAACAGUUAGGACAUGAAUAAAAUGAUGA